GCGUUGCAUUGUGGGGAUAUAAAUACAGCGCAGGACAGCUGGGAGCACAAAGGAAUGAAAACAGCACCUCAACAAACUUUUAACUUCAACCUGGUGUGAUGUGAGUUAAUGUGAGCGUUUAUUCAACUGUGAGUUUUGGCGGCUGGCAGGCUGACAACUGCCUGAGAAGCGCAGGGAAUGUGAGUAAUCGGAGGGAAGCGGCAGGGCGCACCGCUGUCUCCGACUAUCGCUGGUUUUUGUCAGCUGAGCUGUUUGCAUCCCGAGGCCCUGCCGAUAUAACGGGACUCAUCAGAGAAGGACAUAUUUCCUGUACCCAGUCAUAAACUGACCAUCAUGGGGGUCAAAACCUUCACCCACAGCUCGACCUCCCACAGCCAGGAGAUGCUGGAGAAGCUCAACGCUUUACGCAAUGAGGGUCACUUAUGUGAUGUCACCAUUCGGGUCCAAGACAAGCUCUUCCUGGCCCACAAAGUGGUCCUGGCCUGCUGCAGUGAAUUCUUCCGCUCCAAAUUGGUGGGCCGGCUAGAGGAGGACAACUUUGUGUUGGACCUUCAUCAUGUGACCGUUAGUGGCUUCGCUCCUCUGUUGGAAUAUGCCUACACGUCUACCCUUUCUAUUAGCACAGAAAAUAUAAUAGACGUGCUAGCAGCUGCAAGUUACAUGCAGAUGUUUGCUGUUGCUAGCACAUGUUCAGAGUUUAUGAAGUCUAGUAUUCUGUGGAGCCCGAGUAACAACAUCAACAAUAACAACAACAACAACAACAUUACAGCAGAUAAACCACAUGAAUCAGCACCAGAGAGCGCCUCAUCAAACUGUGCCCUGACGCCGUUGGAUGGCAGUGUGUCACCUGUUUCGUCUGACUGUAGCGUGAUGGAGAGAAACGUUCCUAUAUGCCGUGAAUCACGACGGAAACGCAAAAGCUUUGUAACCAUGGCAUCGCCAGAGAGUCCGCUCAAAUGCACUACACAGAUGGUCACCACCUCCCCGCAGAUCCCCAACCCGUCCCCUUCAUUCUCAGACAGCACAGCCCAGCCUGUGGAGUCCUCCCUGGCCUUCCCAUGGACUUUCCCGUUCGGUAUCGACCGGAGGUUCCACUCAGACAAAUCAAAGCUCCCAGAGAGCCCUCGUUGUUUAGAGCAGGGCACCCCAGGGACCUCCGAGGUGAUAGUCGGCCGGCGGCUCAGUGACUUCCUAACGUGUGAAAGCUCCAAGGCGGUGUCGUCGCCAGUGCCGGCAGAGGAGGAAGAUGUGAGGGUGAAGGUGGAGCGUCUCAGUGAUGAGGAGGUCCAAGAGGCAUCCUCGCAGCCGGUCAGUGCCUCCCAGAGCUCGCUGAGUGACCAGCAGACGGUGCCAGGGAGUGAACAGGUCCAAGAGGAGCUCCUCAUCAGUCCACAGUCGUCCUCUAUAGGGUCGAUGGAUGAGGGAGUGUCUGAGGGCUUGCCGUCAAUGCAGAGCACCUCUAACACUGGAGGACACGCAGAAGAUGAUGAAAGGUUAGAAGGUAUUCAGUAUCCAUACCACCUCUAUAUCAGCCCCUCAGCCAGGCCUGGCACCAAUGGCCCCGACAGGCCCUUCCAAUGUCCAACCUGCGGAGUCAGAUUCACACGCAUUCAAAAUCUGAAGCAGCAUAUGCUCAUACACUCCGGCAUUAAGCCUUUCCAGUGUGACCGCUGUGGGAAAAAGUUCACACGGGCCUACUCCCUAAAGAUGCAUCGGCUGAAGCACGAAGGUAAACGCUGUUUCCGGUGCCAGAUUUGUAGCGCCACAUUCACGUCCUUCGGUGAAUAUAAGCACCACAUGAGGGUCUCCCGACACAUAAUCCGCAAGCCGCGGAUUUACGAGUGCAAAACGUGCGGGGCCAUGUUCACCAACUCUGGCAAUUUAAUUGUACACCUGAGGAGUCUGAACCAUGAGGCAUCCGAACUAGCAAACUACUUCCAGAGCAGUGAUUUCCUCGUGCCCGACUACCUGAGCCAGGUACAGGAGGAGGAGGAGGCGCUGGGAGUCCAGUAUGAGCUGGAGGAGUCCGAACAUCACCCCGUCUACCCGGGCAGCACCUCCACCACCACUGCAGCAUCGUCCUCCUCCUCAGUCCAGAUGCCCGUCAUCUCCCAGGUCUCCUCCUCUACCCAGAAUUGCGAGAAUUCCUCCGGCUUCCUUUCACCCGAGCCCCUGGACCCCCUGGAAGCCCCAGCCUCCCUCAAGAUGGACGCUGAUGAGACGGCCGCCAUGACAGAGGACACCAAGUUGGACAACAGUGUAGACGGCAGUUCCCCAGAGGUGUUUGAAGAAGAACAGCAGCAGCAGCAUGCCCAGGGCAAGGAGCUGGCUUCCAUUACCAUAGAGUGAUUCAAGCCUUCUACUUUCCCACCAUGUCUUAUUUUGCAGUCAUGUCAUAUGGGAAUAUCUGUUGAAAUGCCUUUGCGGCUAAAAGGGAUAACUUGGACAUGUGCACAUGUUGAAACCUCAUCAUGUGAAGCCAACAAGAUGCCAUGAUUGAAGUUUUCUCAAGACUUCCACACGCAACACAGAUGCACUUAUUUGAAUUCAUGUUUUACAACAAGCCAAAUCCAGCAAAGUAAGUUAGAAUUUCCUUUGUUAUCUUUUAAAUGAUUUUCCCCAAAUAUGACUGAAGCAAUUUUCUUGUUGGUGACAUGAGAUUUCAUAAAAUCUGAGUUCAGUCCACCUCCGAACCUAAGUUUCAAAGUAGUAUUUUUUUGCGAUGCACCGAUCCCAUUCUGAUAUUGGGCCGAUACUGACUCAAAUAACUGGAUCAGGUUUUGGUGACAAUGGGGCCGAUCUAUUCAAUUCAAAUAUACAAUAUACAUUAUAUACUGAAAUUUUAAUUCCUGUUUAAGUUUUAAAUAAUUUGUUGCUGCAUAUAAAAAAAGUUUUUUUACCAAGUUGCUGGUGCACGAUUUAUUUUAAUAAUAUAGGCUAAUUAUUAUAAUUAUGAAUAUUAUAAUAUCAUUUGUUAUUUUAAUAAUGCAUAACAAUUCAGUAAUUGUCUAUCCAUGUAUUUAUGUAUUAGACUUUGCUAUACAAAGUUAGGAAAGAAAUGUUAAAGUCCAGCCUGAUGUUGCCUUACAUAUAACAGAAUGAUCCCAGUCUCUUCCACACAGUGAGGCAUACAGCUUAUUAAUUUACCACUGUUAUCGGAAUCAGGACGGAAAAAGUUGGAUCGGUGCAUCCCUAGUAUUUUUCAAAUGAAGCAAGUGAACAGUAUUUUUUUAAGAUUCGUUUUUAGGAAGGUUUCUUUUUCCCAUAUGACGUGAGUGCACCUCCAGCUAAAGUCAUUUUUGUCUUAGCCAGUUUGAGGUCUGUUAAAUCCAAGCCUUGCCCUACUUUUGGAAAGUGCCUGAGAGUUCCCAUUUGAGCAAAGCAACGUGUAGAGGAAAAAGAGGUCUUGACUUUGCCGACAGUGACAAAUCAAGUCUUUACAAACUGAGCUAAAGAAAAAAACAUUGUAUUUCAUUUGUAGUGAUACUGCUAGUUUGUAUGGGCAGCGACUGUGCUAUUCCUUCAGUGCCGUCACUAUAGGCAAACUGUUUAAUGUCAAUAUUAUCUAUAUUGCAAUAGCUUGUACUGUAGUUUUACUAUUUGAAUGCUGUGUGUGUUGGGUGUUGUGAAAUAUGAUAUGUCAGGUGUGUGUAUGUGCAUUUCUUUUUUAUCUAUAUAAACAAAGUACAUUUCAUUUUUAAAUGUUUAAAACUUGAAAUUAUAUUGACUGAGUAUUCCCUUAAGACAUUUGUGCAGUAUAUAUUUUUUCUGACACAGUACAAGUUAUUUUUUUUUAACACUGUUAUAAAAUCAAAUCUUGCAUCUCCAAAAAACUAAAUGCUAAUAGUUUAGUAAAACUUGGAUCAGCACUGAUGCAUCUUUUUGUUUCAAAAUAAACCAAAUAAAUGACCGAAUAAGACAAAAAUGCAUGUAAAACACAAAUUUCUAAUUUGGAGUUACAAGGUUUUCUCACAACUGCAGUGUUACAUUCCCAAUUGGACUCCUAAAAUAUGAUAAUGUAGCAUUUCAUCACAGUUGAACUUAGGCCUGCUUGUGAAAUUGCAAUUUUGUUUCAAAAUAUUGUUGUGCUCAGAAUAUUGAUAUCUUUUAGUUUUUGGUCAUCCUGAUUUACCAACAGGUACGCUGCUAAUAUUCUAGGAUAUUGCACGACUGUUGAAGUGAUGUUUCACUUAGGUACGACAUGAUUGUCUUUUUUAAAGUUCUAUCCUCAUUUGACUUUGUGAGGGAUAAACCAAGAAUAUUAUGUUGUGCGUGGAUUAACCACCAGCAUUCAGUUUUUUCUUUUUUUUUUUCUUUACCUAAGUUAUCACAAAGGGAAGAACUACAUUGUGAAAAAUUCCCUGACUAAAAUAAAAAUAACUACGUCUGCAGCUAGGGAAGCGGGAAGUGAUGCAAACAGAUUAUGAUUGCUAUCUGUGAUGGCCUGUUUACAGUCAGAACAGAUUACCAGUUUGUUGGGUGGCAUGUGAUCAUAUUGCUUUAAAAGCAAUAAGAGCAUAGUAGCUAAUAAGUGAAUGUGAAUACUGUGAGUUAAAUCAUUGUAAAUGAUAAAUAUAUUGCAAGAGCUUGUCUUUUAAAUUGAGAGCACAGUUUGGCAGUUGACGUUACUAAGUUCAUUAACUUUUUUUUAAUGCUGAUUUUGGGUCAAACUUCCAAUUCUUGGUAUCUGUGUUGUGCCAACAUGGUUGUAAUUGUCUACUUGUGCCUGUAUUUUGAGAAGAUAAUGAUGCCCAUGGUAAUAAUCCAUGAGUUGAAUGCUACUGACUGUGUACGUUGUUUAUUGUUUAUUUUCUGUCGCCCCCUGAAA